UCCACAGGUCACAGAUGGAGGUACCAUCAAGCAGAAAAUCUUCACCUAUGAUGCGAUGUUUAAUACAAAUUAUUCUCAUAUGGAGGACUACCGCAGACGUGAAGAUCUUGUGUACCAAUCGACCGUCCGGCUCCCAGAGGUACGGAUUUCAGACAAUGGGCCUUAUGAAUGCCAUGUGGGCAUAUACGACCGUGCAACAAGGGAGAAGGUUGUCCUUGCUUCAGGAAAUGUUUUUCUUACAGUUAUGUCACCUCCAAACAACAUAUCAGUGCUGGCAGAGAACACUCCAGCCCCCUUCAGUCGAUACCAAGCCCAGAAUUUCACUCUUGUCUGCUCUGCAAAAGGAGGGAAACCAGCCCCAUCGGUGAGUUAAAGAUGUUUUUUUUUAUUUC